CCGCCUCGUGCUCUCACACACAGACUCUCUCUCAUCGGGUUUGUCGUGCAGCUGUGAUUUCUUACUUCUCGUCAAGUGCAUCGACAGCAGCCGACCCGAGGAAGAAGAUGUCACGUGUAGUUCAAGGAACAGAUUUGCACCAAUUCCACCUCGAAUAAAAGAGAAGGGAGGUUCCGGUUUUGGCACAAUUUGGAUUCUGGUGGGAAGCUGGUGACGGAUCAGACCUGCGUCAAAUAGCAUCGGGGCGUCCAUGUGACCGACAUCAGUCAUGGACGAACCGCAGCGGAUCGAUCUGACCUACAUCACCGAGCGCAUCAUCACCUUGUUCUGCCCGCCCGCGUGUCCGGAGGAGACCUACCUGCGAAACCUGCAAGAGAUCGUCCUCAUGCUGCGGUCGAAGCAUGGACACAGCUACAUGCUCAUCAACCUGUCACAGAAGAAUGAAACUCUCACACAGAUGAACCACAAGGUUCUGGACACGGGCUGGGUGGAUCUCUUGGCUCCCAGCUUGGAUCAGAUCUCCGGCGUCUGCUCGGUGAUGGAGAACUGGCUGCAACCGAACCCGAAGCACGUCCUGGUGUUACACUGCAGGGGGGGCAAAGGUCGGCUCGGGGUCCUGGUGGCCUCCUACAUCCACUUCAGCAGCACGUCAGCCAGUGCAGACCUCUCUCUCGACCACUUUGCCAUGAAGAGGUUCUGCAACGACACGCUGUCCGCUCUGAUGACGCCGUCGCAGAAGCGGUACGUGUGGAUGUUGGGCAGUUUGUUAAGAGGACGACUGAGGAUGUGUCCCUCUCCGACUUUCCUCCUCUGCGUCGUCCUUCACGGUCUCCCCACAACACGAGCGGACGGAGGCUGUUGUCUCUUUCUGAGAGUCUACCAGAGUCUGCAGGCCGUGUGCACAUCAGCAGUUUACCACGUCAGCGGCGGACGGACGGACCGACUGUACGUCGUGCUGCAGCCGGCCCAGCUGCUCACAGGCGACAUCAUGGUGGUUUGUUAUGAUAAAAACAGCCGGUCGUCGUGCCGGCAGGUCGUCUUCCGUCUCCAGUUCCACACGGGCCUCGUGCACGGACACUCCCUGACUUUCUCGAAGGCCGAGCUCGACUGUGCCGCUGAAGAUCCGCGGUUCCCAGUCGAUGGAAAAGUGGAGCUGUUGCUUUCUGAGAGUCCGGAGAAGAUCACAGGACGAGAGCUGUGGCACAACGGCGGCUCCGUGACGGUCGACUACGACACCUUGGACCCUCUGGUCCGUCGAGACUCGUUUCAACAAACGUCUUCUGCUGGAAAAGCUCCUCCUCGUGACCUCCACCCUGGAAAUGGCAGCUUGUACGCCAGCGUGAGGAAGAGGAGCAGCGAGGAAGGAGUUUCCUUCCCCGCGACCGCCAGCAGCCCCGGCUGCAGCGACCGAGCCCCGUCGGCCAGCAGUGAUUCGGGCCUGUCUUUGGCCUCGCAGGGGUGGACCGCGGCCAGGCGCGGCCAGGCAGGGAGGCUGCUCUCUGGGGUGGACUUCGAGAUCGCUCAGUCUCUUCUGGAGGUCAUGACCGAGCUUGCAGCGCGCGGAGGAGCGGAAGUGGAGGUGGCCGGAGACGAGUCUGGAUUGGGACACACCAUCAAUGGAGAGGCGUCGUCCGGCGAGAGGGAGACCGACAUACUGGACGAUGAGGACCACGUAGACGAGGCGACGACAGCGUCUGCUCUGGACCUGCCGAGCUCGAGUAGCAUCUGCUCGCUGUCCUCAGAGAAUCUGCCCGAAACUCCCAGAUCAGCCCGGACCGAGUGCUCCACGUACUCCUGGUCGCUGGUCGCUCCCGACACGCCAACUCGAGGGGUCAGCAGCCGGGAGGCGGCGCAGCGGGGGCCGGCGGACGAGGAGGGGACCACGCACCACGUCACACGAGACGCACAGUUCGCUCACGCGCCACACGGCUCGUCCGGCCCCGAGGAGGAUUUGACGUCGUUGACCACGGACGUGGACGAGUCGAUAGAGCAGCUGAACCAGCUGAUUCUGGAUUUGGACCCGACCUUUGUUCCCGUUCCCACCCGCUGUUCGCCACUGUCCCGCGCCGCCUCCCUCCACACCAACGGCCUCAGCCACCUGGGGGACACACACCUGUCAGGGUGGAAGCAGCAGAGGCAGGUCAGCGACGUGACGGACUACGCUGCUCUACGUAGUCCCGGAUGGACAGGGGGCGGGGCUCCGACCUUCAGGGGCUCCCCGGCCCACAGUCCACCCUUCUCUCCUUCUCGGAAGCUUCUCCACAAAGUCAACAGCGUGGACUGCCAGGGACACGCCGACCGCUCCGACUUCGUCCCGCAAACGCCGGCCUUCCCGGUGUCUCCCCCGACGCCCUACGUGAAACAUUUCUCGGAGUGUUCCCAUCAGCUCAGGACCGGCGGGGACCAGUGGCCCCAGCACAGCUGGACCCAAGAUGCUCGAAACUUCCUGGACAGCGUGAACCACGGCGGCGGCUCCUCAGAGGGAGAGAUGUUCAGAUCAGACGUGUCCGUCACUCCUGCUUCCUGUCAGAGGGUCUUUGGCUCCAUGUGCUCGGUGUCGUCGGGAAGCCCCCUCCCUCACACAGACAGCUCCACUCCUCCCCCCGCGUGGCAUGACCGAACCCCCGGCUCCCAGUACCCCCCCCAGCCCUCGCCCCCUCUCUCCCUCAGCACUCCCAACGCCCACAGUUCCCCCCGGGGGCCCCUGAAGAGCCUCGCCGGCGGAGGGGCUGCGGCCGUUCGCGGGGAGGCCGACAGCGCCGACCUGUCCUCGUUGUUGUUGUUGCUGGGGAACGGCGGCCUGGACCACGGCCUCCAGGAGGCCAUGGGGGGACUCGGGGGUCUGAACCUCGGGGGAGACGGGGGCCACGCUCCCCUGCUGCCCGAGAAGAGGAGGGUUUGGGGCGAGGGGGCCGAUCUGGGCUCGCGCUCCCCUUCGCUCAGCGGGUUUUCCAGCCCUCACAGCAGCAGCAGCCUCAGCAUCCCGUUCUCGUCUUCCAUGACCCCGGACCCCCUCAGGGGGCUCAGUGGGGCCCCGUCACCCGGAGCAGACUUUGGCAGUAAGCAGGUCACGGUGAAGUUUGUUCAGGACACGUCCAAGUUCUGGUACAAGCCCGACAUUUCCAGAGACCAAGCCAUCACGGUGCUGAAGGACAGGGAGCCGGGCUCGUUCGUCGUCAGAGACAGUCACUCGUUCCGCGGGGCGUACGGAUUGGCCAUGAAGGUGGCCACGCCCCCUCCGUCCGUGUUACAGCAGAGUAAGAAAGCAGCAGGAGACUUGUCCAGUGAGCUGGUGAGACACUUCCUGAUCGAGUGCACGCAGAAGGGCGUCCGACUCAAGGGCUGCCCCAACGAGCCGUACUUCGGAAGUCUCACUGCUCUGGUGUGUCAACACUCCAUCACUCCCUUGGCUCUGCCCUGUAAACUCAUCCUGCCCAACAGAGACCCGGUGGAGGAGCAGAGUGACUCUUCUGCACAAACGGCAACAAACUCAGCAGCUGAGCUGCUCAAACAGGGAGCAGCGUGUAACGUGUGGUACCUCGGCUCCGUGGAGCUGGAGUCGCUGACGGGACACCAGGCGGUGCAGAAGGCGACCACGGAGACGCUCGCCAUGGACCCGCCGCCGGCCUCCACCGUGGUCCACUUCAAAGUGUCGUCACAGGGCAUCACGCUCACCGACAACCAGAGGAAGUUGUUCUUCAGGAGACACUACGCUGUCAACAUCGUUAUAUUCUGCUCUCUGGACCCACAGGGCAGGAAAUGGAGCAGAGGCAGCGCUUCCACUGCAAAGAUCUUCGGCUUCGUCGCCAGGAAAUCGCAGAGCGACACCGAAAACAUCUGCCACCUGUUUGCCGAGCACGACCCCGAGCAGCCGGCGAGCGCCAUCGUCAACUUCGUCUCAAAGGUCAUGAUCGGGUCGCACAAGAAGUGACGAGCGAGAGAGAGAGAGACUCAAAACUUCAGACUGAUAGAGACCUUAAGAAAAAAUGUAAAGACCUGGUCCCAUUGGUGCAUCCUGCAGAAGAAGAAGCAGCAUUUUGAUCAGACGCAACUGCAGGAUUCCGCCACUAGAGGGAGACAAAACCUGCCAAGUGUAUAAGGUUGAACUCCUCCGCAAGACGCCCGAGCUUUCCCCUGGAGUUGUGUUUUAUAAAACGUGUAUAAAAUCAGACACUUUUUCAACAGAGGAUCUUUAAAACUUUAAAUUUACCACAUCACACUGUCGGAAAAAAUAAAUAAACUAACGUCCUUCGCGAUUAAACGUGAAGAAUAUCAGAUGUUCUGCAUAUGAAUAUGUACCGAUACAUACGGUUGUGAUUCUGAAAUGUUUGUACAAAAUAUGUGUAAAUCAGAUUUCAACAUCGCUUGUGUGCAAAACCCACAGGUCCAUUCUUUGUCUCAUAAACUGUCAAGUGACGACGACGCGGUCGCCUUGUACUAAAGUUGUGUUUAUAUUUGGCUCAAAGUAUUUAUCCCUUUGUACAGACGUGUACUGUUAAAGGCUUUUCUUUUUCCCUGAAUAUGUAAGUGUCAUAUAUUUUUGUAUAUUAACACAUACUGUACAAAUAGGAUUAAAGGCAGUGUACCGCAGAAGUUUA